AUGGGUUUCCCUGGAAUUCCAGGAUCAAAUGGUAUACCGGGAGUGCCGGGCGUCCCGGGGCCACACGGACCCCCGGGAAGAGAAGGUGUAAAAGGACAAAUUGGUGAUAAAGGAUCACAAGGAAUGCCGGGUCCAAGAGGAGACAGAGGGCGUGUAGGACCCCCUGGGAAGAGUGGACCCCGGGAAAUUAAGGGAAUGAAAGGUCAGCAGGGACUUCUGGGAAUGAAAGGAGAGCGAGGCAUUGCGGGAAUGAAAGGAGAGCAAGGAGCUGUGGGAAUAAAAGGAGAGCGAGGCAUUGUGGGAAUGAAAGGAGAGCAAGGAGCUGUGGGAAUAAAAGGAGAGCGAGGCAUUGUGGGAAUGAAAGGGGUGCGCGGAGCUGUGGGAAUGAAAGGAGAGCGAGGCAUUGUGGGGAUGAAAGGAGAGCAAGGCAUUGUGGGAAUGAAAGGAGUGCGCGGAGCUGUGGGAAUGAAAGGAGAGCGAGGCAUUGUGGGCAUGAAAGGAGUUCGCGGAGCUGUAGGAAUGAAAGGAGAGCGAGGCAUUGUGGGAAUGAAAGGAAGAAAAGGAGACAAAGGAGACAAAGGAGAAAGAAGUGUAGUACCACAAACCAACUGGAAACAAUGUGUGUGGAAAUCAAGCAUCAGUACUGAUAACGGAAAGAUUAAGGUAAAUAGAAUAAGAAUCAUAACACACUCCUAAGAAAAUUCAUUCCUUUUUAAAUUAAAAUGUUUCAAAGAAGAACGUCUCCCCUCUCACUCACCGUUUGCCAACUCAUUACAUAAAUAACUAAGUUACAUUUCUCUAUACUUUGGUUCUUUUUUGAACGAAAAAAAGAAAACCAUCAUGCGUGAUAAAAUGAUUCCUGGCCAUAUGGAUAAGGACAACGAAAAUUGAAGCUAUUACAGAGUUUUUUAAAAAAUGAGGAAGUAAACAUGACUAGAGUUGUUAGUAUCAAUCAUUACACACGGUUGCUCGCCUUACUACAAUAUGUUUGAUUUGUUUGAUUUUAUUCCAGGACUGUGCGUUUAACAAACAGCAGUCUAAUUCAGCGCUCAGAGUCUCAUUCCAAGGAAUCAUGUAUGUCUAUGGUGAUAAUAAGUGUAACCGGUGGUAUUUUAAGUUCAAUGGAAAUGAAUGCAGUGGACCAAUGACGAUUGAGGCUGUUAUUUACAACAGCUGGUCAUCAGGGAACAGUGUUUUGCUGCAUCAUCGGUCAUUUGAGGGUUACUGUGAAAACAUCCCACAAGGCGCCGUUAGAGUGGAAUUAUGGAUAGGACAGUGCAGUAGCUUUAAGCUGGGUGAUGCUCGCACAGGGUGGCUAUCAGUGUCCCGGAUAAUGAUUGAAGAAGUAUCUAGGCCCCAGUCCUAA